AUGAACAAAUUUAGUGGCGAUGUAUCACAAGGAAUUGGAAGAUGUUCUAAGCUGGAAGUUUUUAGGGCUGGUCUUAAUUCUCUCUCCGGAUGGCUUCCAUAUGAUCUUUACAGUGUGAAAACACUCAUAGAAAUCUUUUUAGGUAACAACCAGUUUACAGGACCUAUCAACAAUAGCAUUGCUCUUAUAUCAAAUCUUAGCAUUAUAGAUCUCCAUGAGAAUCAAUUGAUUGGUGAGGUUCCUAAAGAUAUUGGGUUGCUGUCAAAUUUGGACCAACUGAUUCUUCACACCAACAGCCUGAAUGGUUCUGUGCCUCCAUCGUUGAUGAAUUGCACCAGCCUGAAAACGCUGCUUUUACGAAAUAAUCAUUUAGGAGGAGAAAUUGCGAGUCUUGAUUUUUCUCCACUUAAGAAACUGGAAGCAAUUGAUUUUGGGAACAAUAGCUUUGUGGGAAACAUUCCAGUUAGCCUGUGCUUGUGUAGAUCCCUGAUCGCAGUUCGAUUUGCAUAUAACCAGUUGACGGGCGAAAUCCCAGCUUGCAUGGCUGGCCUAAAAUCUUUAUCCCAUCUCUCACUUUCCGACAAUUUCCUGUCUAACGUUGUUGGAGCUUUUAGGAUUCUUAUACGCUGCGAUAAUAUUUCAGUUCUCUUCCUGUCAAGGUGCUUCAAAGAUGAACCGGUGCCCAAUGAUGACCACUUACUACAUCUAAAUGGAUUCCAAAAUCUACAAAUUCUCACACUGGGUGGAUGCAAACUCAAAGGUGAAGUGCCUUCUUGGAUUGGAAAAUUAAAGAAACUCAAAGUGCUGAAUCUGUCGUACAAUCACAUUACGGGCACAAUUCCAAAAUGGCUGGGGAGUAUGCCUAGCCUUUUUGUACUAAACAUCACUCAAAAUCACCUCACUGGAGAACUUCCUCGCGAAAUUGGCAACCUAAAAGCUUUAGUUUCAGACGAUACAGACUCAAACUUGAGUAAUUUAGCAUUGCCCUUCUUAUUCGACAGUCUCCAGUACAAUCGACUAUUCAACUUGCCAAGGGGAAUCAAAGUUGGGAAUAACAGUUUGAGUGGGAAUCUUCCGGCAGAAUUAGGAAACCUGAGACUUCUUAGAGAACUGGAUCUCAACGAUAACGACUUCAAUGGAAGCAUUCCAAAUGAACUAUCCAAUCUUGUCAAUUUGGAGAAAUUGGACAUGUCGGGGAACCAUCUCACCGGCGAGAUCCCCGAAUCUCUGAAAAAACUCCAUUUCUUGUCUUAUUUCACUGUGGCAAACAAUGAUUUAGAAGGAGAGAUUCCGAAAGGUGGGCAAUUUGAUACAUUCACAAACACUUCAUUUGAGGGGAAUCCUAAACUUUGUGGGACUGUAAUGCAAAAAAAUUGCCCUCCCGCAAGCGCCGGAGGUCAAGAUGAAAUGUUGCCACCGGCACCGGAGGAGGAAGAGUCCGCAACUUCGUUGUACACUAUUCCCUUUGGUUUGGGAUAUUCUGUAGGAUUUUUUGUUGUCAGCAUCAGUUUACUCUUUAGAAGUUCAUUGAAGUGCUUUAAUUGA